AUACGGAGGGUUUUUUUAUUAGCAAGAAAUACGAAACUACGGCAAACAGUUCGGUUACUAUUAGAGCCUUUCGGAGGUGGAGAAUCGUGACGAUGGUGCAAUUAAUACCUUCACCUCAUCGAUAAAAGUGGGCGUUAAAUAGGCAAAAUAAUCAUUUCGGCAUUGUUUGCACAUUGCGUCGUAUAAAUAAAAUACGUGCCUAUUUCCGAAAAGGUUUGCUUGCAAAAACCUUCGUUUCACUGUGUGUGCUUGUGUGCGUGGGCUAUACACAGAGCCAAACGUCAAAAAUCGACCCAUCGAAGGAUACUCGUUCGCGUUUUUUUUUGGGAGUGAAAGUUCGCAAAUUGCUAACGAUCGGGAGAAGCAGCAACAAACCAAAAAAAAAUAAAGAUCCAUAAAAUCAACAGAAACUGAAAGUAAAAAUUAAGUGACCGUGUAUAUUUAUGCUAGUAUUUUGUGUGUGUAUGAGUGUGUGUUUGUAGGCCGUGAAUUUAGUCUUCCAUUCGGGCCUAGUGUCGAACGUGAUGAAAUCGAUUUCUACCACGCAGAGUGGAAUAGAAAAAAAAAUUAACAACACAAAAACGAGUGGGCAAUUUUGCCGGGCUUUUUUUCUUCUACUUGCUAAAGGGCGCUCGAUUGCCAGGCACGCAUUCCGGUUGCUUGGUUGUUGAUUUCGGAAGUGAAGUUGGGUCGCUGAAGGGAGCGGCACGAAAGCGAACCUGGUCCCAAUUAUUUAUUUCCUUUUGUGUGUUCCAAACUACAACCGUAAGGACUGCAGGGAAAUAGGCGUUGUUUUGGCUCACCUUUAGGUGAACGAAGUCUCCUCCGGUUGAAUGGUUGAUGUGUGAACGGCACGAACCUGCCACCGGAUAGUACGCGCGGAAUGGUUGACGUAGUUGUGAGUGAAAUGUGUUAAUUAGUUUGGCGGUAAUGCUUUAUUUAUAUUUAUGACAUGCCUUGGGGUUGUUCCCAUUCGAUCGCUUGCCGCUGUGGACCAAAAGUUGUCACAAGGUGGGACGCCAAAUUAUAUCAACAUUGUUAAAAAUUUAACCACCAUGACUAGUGUAUAAGUUUACCGGUGCUUGUUACCAGCAGUAAAGUGUUAAUAAAAAAAAAAUAAAACGUCCCAAAAAACAGAGUUCUGAGAAAAUGUGGGAAAACUCACCACGAUUAUUGUGGAUUCCAUUCCAGCUGACGUUACAUUGAGUAAAUUAUUUUCUUAUUGUUCGCCUAAUUUUUUUUAAAGGUAUAAAGCAAAUGCGUUAUUUAUGUGUAACCUGUACCGUGAAUGAAACAAAAAUCGAAAGUGAAAAUUAGGAAAAACAAAGAUCAAUAUUUUUGUGUGUGAAUGUGCGUUAGAUGAUGCCACAAAAAAAGAAAACGAAAAUGUUUUUCAUGCUUCAAUAUUUGUGUGUUUAAAAUUUCUCCGACAGGAUAAUAAAUCAAGUGCAUGGUGUAAAAUAAAGUCUAUACACAAAAAGUGUUCCAGUGGCAAUAAAAAAAAGAAAAAUCUGCUAACGAAAGUGUGCAAAACGGGUUCCAUUGAUGCCGCGAGUGUAAAUCCUGCUUUGAGUGGCGCAAUUUCGUAAGAAGCGAAAUGAAAUAAAAUCAAAACAUCAUCAUCUCGUCCCUAUAAAGCCCUCACGGCUUCGCGAUCGAGCGGGUUUGCGUGUGUGCGUGUGCGAUUUUUUUUUUUUGCUUAAACAGUGGAUGAUUGUGCUUCCCAAAAAGGGAAAAAAAUCUUUUCCAGAAAGGUCAAAAGAAAUAAUACUGAAGCAAUUCUGGUGCGUGCCGGGAGGUUUGGCCGGUGUACGCACCCUGCACGGUGCACCAUAAAACGUGAAACCCAAAGGAUAAAACCAGCCCCUUGCCGUGCCACACCGUUAGGUGCCUGUAUUUGGCAGACCGUUUGAGUCCUCAUUUCACACAACAACAAAAACUCUCUCCGUAUUCCGGAGGCGACGUUUUUACCGUUGGAGCUUUUGUUUUGUGUUUUUCAUUUUCUUACCCGUCCUUCAAAAGUGUUUGUGUUUGUAUUUGGAAGGAUCUUUUUUCCCGGGCGUGUGUUGUGUUUGUGUAUACGAGCAGCAGUUUGUCUAAAGUUUGUCGCAACUUCACUACAGCACACCCAUACAGUAGUGUGUCGAAGCAAAAGGGAUACGCACUCACACGCUAGCAUUUACGCAUUUUGUGCAGACGUAUGUGAACGCACCGUAAGCAACAUUCCUGGAGGCUCCAAAAAUAGGAAAAACCGGUGAAACAAAAAAAGAAGAAGCAAAAACCAACAACAAUUCAACAAAAAGCGGCAGCAGCAGGAGCUAAACCCGGUUGGUCAAAAAAGGUGGCCAAACCCGUGCGACGCCUUCGGAAUAAACAAAGUCAUCAAAAUUUAAGGUUUUUGCCACAUGUGAACCCGCGAAGUUGAGUGACCGUUUUAUGAAAUGUUUUUCACUGCCCGUCUCAUGCUCGUGGAACGGUUCCGGGAUGGCGGUAUUACAUUUUUUUAAAAGCUAACGAUCGUGCGUAAUCUUUCGGGUGAAAUGAGCAAGAACGUAAUCAUAAACGAAGACGAAACCGAUUGAAACGCGGUGGAAAAAAAAAUGUUUUGCACCUGAGUAACGAUAACUUUUUCCCCGACUCAAUCGUCGCUUUUUCCCCCAGACAGUGGACAGUGUAAUCGUGAAGAAUGCUUUUGUCGGUAAAUUCUACAUUCGUGUUGGUUCACCUUAAGCUUGGUGUAUGGAGCAAAAUGCACUAAAAAUUGCAUCCACCAUUCCGGGAAACCAUUAAGGAAAGCUUAUAACUUCUUCCCCAGCUCCAUCCCAGGCUGUCCGAACAUGUUCGUGUAGGUGUGAAAUAUUAAUUUCACGGGUUUAAGUCAUCUCAUGCACACGGUUCCGUGUUGUACCACGAUUCAUGUCGCGCAAAGUGAGAUAAAUUGAAUGGCACGGGACAUUUUGCACCGUACGGCAGGAUGACGGGGUCAACUCGAAUGGAAUGUUUAGUGAAACGAUAGUGAAUGCAGUUUCUGUCACAUUUGGUACAUGCUACCAGCGGGGAGGGAGUAACAAACGGUGACAGCCUUAAACCAAACAGAAUGUGAAAGGUGAUCGAUGGGCGGAUAAUUGAAAUAACGUGCUUUUGGACCGUUUGCCAAGAAAACACACAAACCCGGUUUAAGACAGGUGUGAGUGGAAAGUGGAAUUGAAAAGCAAAGUUUAAAGGAAUUUCUUUCGAACGAAAAUAGAAAGAAAAUAGUGAGUAAAAUGAUGCUGGAGCUUAAAUUGAUUCUUCUCUGCCUGCCCUCGAUUCUGCUAGCCACCACGCUGGAUUCAGACAACAAAUCCAUACUGGCCAACACGGACUGGAAAAAGCUAUGGCUAGAGUCCGGGCAGCUGAGUUCGAGCGGGAGGAUAGACAAUCACCUCGACAGCAGCGAUUCUACGCUCAUAGACGACGGCGAGGUGAUGGCGCACAACACAACCGUCCAGCUUGGUGGUGUCGCGUUCCUGGUGUGCAAAGUGGCCGGCGUGGACAGAGUGGGUGUAAAUUGGAAUCAAAUUUCAUGGAUCAGACGGCGGGACUGGCAUAUUCUGUCGUCCGGUGCACAAAUGUACACGAACGACGAACGGUUCGCGAUUCUGCACACGCCCGGUUCCAACACGUGGACGUUACAGAUCAAGUUUGUGCAGCGCCGCGAUCACGGUACCUAUGAGUGUCAGGUUUCGACACCGACCGGGAUCAUUUCACAUUUCGUGAACCUGCAAGUGGUCGUCCCGGAAGCGUUCAUACUCGGUUCCGGCGAGCUGCACGUGGAUAUGGGAUCAACAAUCAAUUUAGUUUGCAUAAUUGAGAAGAGCCCACAGCCACCCCAGUACGUGUACUGGCAGCGUAACGAUCGGAUGAUCAACUACGACGAUUCGAGGCGAGACAUCACCAUCGAAACGACGCCCGGUCCACGAACGCAGAGCCGCCUCAUCAUCCGGGAGCCGCAAAUCAACGACUCGGGCAACUAUACCUGCUCGGCCAGCAACACGGAACCGGCCAGCAUAUACGUGUUCGUGUCGAAAGGUGACAACACGGCCGCCAUUUCGCGCCGAAAAACGAGCGGAGCCGCCGCAACGUCACAGCUGUCCGCCAUCCUGUUCGAGUGCUUGUUCUUCCCGAGCGUGAUACUAUCCUAUCUGCUAAAGUCAAGCUACGCCUAAUGGAUGGAGACACCUACCGUGGUUGUACGUCGGUGCAGAAGGGCCUAACGUGUUCCGGGAGUGGAGUUAGUAAAAUGUGGGCCAUAGCGCAAUACAGGUUGAUGCCGUGGACGAAAACAUACGCGAUUAGCGAAGACAUUUAAAUACCUUUUCUUUUCGUUUAAACUAACUGCGAACAAGCAACUUCCAAGAAGUGUUAAUGAAGCGUACACUAAUCGAGAAGGAACGACGAAUGAUCGAGCGGCGUUUGUAAGAAGUAAAAGCUGCUUCUUUUUGAGUAAAGAAACAUUUAAAGAAACCAUCUCAAAUGGAAACAAUAGACACUCUUCGGACGAAAAGGAGCGUCUGCCCUGUAAAUAGGUAGGAAACUUUUCCUUUUUGUUUUCAUGUUUUAUCUUAAUUAAUCUUUUUUAACCCACACUUACUCCCGAGCUGGUGGACCGGAAUCGGAUUUAACCCGUUGCACAAGAAUCGUUCGAUUGCUUUGUGGCCGGAAUAAAAUAAAAGGGAACGUUUUUCUUCCCCUCUUUCUUUUACCAAUCAUCAUCCGGUGCAGUUUGCGUACGCGGCAAGCCAUUAAAUAAAUUAACUCACGGAAUAUGAAACAAGCAAUAUGAAGCCGCCGAAAAGUGUAUGCAAAAAGGAAUGUACGCACAGAGCGAAUCAUGAAAAAAAAACCUCCACUGCCCUCUCCCAUUGUGUGCGUGUGUGUGGAUCCACAUCGAACAAAAUGACGGGUGAAAAGUUUGGCGAAAAUGCAGCAUAAAAUAAACCUCCCAACUCACCCCACCCCGCGAUGGUCAUGUGUAAAUAAAUCGAGAGCUUAAAAAUUAAAAUGAAUAGCAAAAGGGUUCACCUCGUGCUGCGAAACACUAUCGAAGCAUAGAGCACGUGAGGUUGAGAAAGAGUUUCCGAAUGCGUACAUCAUGCGUGGGUAUGCGUGGAAAAAAAACAUGGUGCAUGAUGGCGGGUUUGCAUGCAUUGUUAAAAUGCAAUACUAUUGUGAAAUGAAUUAAUCAAACAUGACUUGUGCCACCGGAAUCGAUGGUGCAUGAUGCGUUUGUGUUGCUGGAAGGAACAAUGCGAGAAAUCUGUUGGAAAUCCCUCCCUUC